GGAUUUUCACUGCCCGGCUGCAUUUCAUUUCACUCCAAAUGUUAUGCUCAUUGUCGGUCAUUAACAUUUUCAAUUGUGUGGGAACACAAGUGUCACCAAUGCAUCGAGAAAGUCAACAAUUCUUAGCUCUACGCGAUGAUAGGUAACUAGAAAUAAUUGCAUCUGCGCCUGGACACGAUAUUUCAAUUACCGACCAGUGCAUGGGAUUCGCCGAAGAGGCAUCUUUUGAACUUAUAUCCGACAGGAAAAAAUGACCGGCAUAACUUGUCAGAGGAAUACCCAAGUCAGAUUUACAAAGCAUGACACCAUAGCAGUAUGCCUGGCUAUAUUCCUUCCGUUGACUGCCAUAGUACUUACAAUGGUGUCAAUUCUGCCAGCAUUAGGGGCUCCACCGUUGCCUGACUUCUCAAAUCCUGUCAAGGGCUUUGAGCCAAGAGGCACAGUUUUAAGUGAUCAGAUUGUGACCCUGGGAAACUACCAUCGGGCACUCCGCUCUCGCACUCUUUUUACGCAGAUAUCCAACACCUCACAACUCUACAACGAGGCCAACAGAUCGGCGCAACAGACUCCUAGUACUCCAUUCCCUCUCCUUUCUAGAAUCGACGAUGACGUAAUAUUUGUUUUUGAGGCUACUGACUCCAGUCAGAGCAUGUUUGAAGCAACUAAACUGAAGGCCGCCUGUUCCAUUGAGAAUGAAAUUCUAAGUUCUAGUUCCCAUUUCUCUCAAUACUGCUCUCGUAUUCGUGAUACAGAAUCUGGUCAAACACGAUGUUUCCCAAACCCAUCUCUUGGAAAUUACGUAGCCCUACUGAAUAACCGCACAACAUGUCGAGACAUAACUGAUCAGGAUGUUUCAUACGUCAAGAAUUUGUUACUUCACUGCCACCCUUACUUUGUGAAACAAACUUUAAAGGAGGACUGUGCCACUUCCAACUGUGAGGGCGUCCCGGCUAAUUGCACUAAAUACAACGCUGUGUAUAACAUUUUCCAGUUUCUAACAGACAAUGAGAUGAGUCCAUCCAAUGGCAUGUUUCUGAAAUAUACUACAUCAUUCCCAGUAUUGUACUCGUAUGACUAUGAUAGUUUAUACAAAGAACAUUUAAAAGAUGGAGUUCCCGAAAAAGAAGGGGUAAAAUUAGCAUCUUUCAAGUUCUCCAGCUAUAAGUUAGACCAAUUCAGUGAGAAGCUUCUUGCUGAAGUCAUAUUCCCUGCUCUUGCUAUGAUUUUUGUUUUUCUUAUUAUGUGGUUUUUCUUGGGUUCUUUCAUUCUCACUUUCACUGGCCUUUUUUGCAUUAUUUAUGCAAUUGGUCUUUCAUAUUUUCUUUACACAAUGGUCUUCAAAAUAGACUUCUUUCCAUUUCUGAACGUUACCACGCUGGUGUUUUUGGUGGGCAUUGGAGCAGAUGAUGCUUUUGUGUACUACGACAUAUGGAGACAGACACUUGCUGCUAACCCUUGUGCAAACAUCAUGCAGCUGACAUUGAAGACCUUGCGUUAUGCUGCCCUCUCCAUGCUUGUCACAAGCUUGACAACAGCAUCAGCAUUUUUCGCAGGAGUAUCUUCCUCCAUCACCGCCAUUAGGUUGUUUGGACUGUUUGCUGGUACAUCCAUCUUGACAAAUUACCUGCUGAUGAUAACAUAUUUCCCAGCUGUUGUGGCUUUGCAUGAGAAGUGGGUGUUGAAGUACGUAGAUGGACAUUCAAGCUUGGAGGGGGUCCCAGCGGAAUCAAGUGAUCCCGAGAAGACUGACUCGGUUCAGAAUGCACCUGUAGCACAGGAUAUGUCACAAAGUAUCGCCGCUAAAUUAGAGGAAAAUAGUGGUGUCAAAGAAAAGAAACGAAGCUUUUGUUUUUUGCAAGUCAUAGACUUUCCAUGUUCUUCGUUAAUAUCAGCCACAAGUUUUUUCAAAACAAUCAGCUCAAAAAUGUUCGAAGAUUGGUUGCCAAAAGCAGUGAUCAAGUUACGUUAUGUAUGGAUUACCCUGUUAGUGUGUCUUACAGCUGGAUUUCUGUGCGUUAAUUUUGUUAAACCAGGUCUGCGGCCACCAGACUCCAAGGAUUUCCAAAUGUUUGCUUCAUCGCAUCCAUUGGAAAACUAUUACUUAAACUAUAAAAGCUACUUCAGAUUUGAACAAAAAAAUCGAGGCAUGUGGGUAGAAUUACUCUGGGGAAUAAAACCAGAAGAUAAUGGUAAUAAAUUCAACCCAGAUGACAAAGGAACUCUUCAAAUGGAUGAAAACUUUGAUAAAUCGAGUCUUUUCAGUCCAUCAGGCCAAAGUUUCCUUCGUUCCUUGUGUCAGUCCAUCGGAGAACAAUCUUUUUUCAUGGCAUUCAGCUCACAGGGUCAGCAGUGCCCCUUCGAAAAAUUUAUUGAAACUUGUACCUCUCCAGGCACAGGAUGUUGUGGGGUCAAUGCUUCUUUUCCAUUUCCAGCUGAUAUCGCAGAGAAAUGUGUGAGAGAAACUUCGACCUAUAAUGACACAGGUGUUUUGUUUGAUGAA